AUGGCUCAUCCUAGAGAGAGCCGGGUUGCUUUCCAGCCCGGCCGGUCCCACGAGAUGAACCCUCAAGAAUCUCUAGACCACCAGAAGAUCUCCGAUGAGCAAAGAGGAGAAAUUUCCCAAGCUUUCACACUUUUCGACCAAGACCAUGACGGAUAUCUCGACUACCAUGAGCUCAAGUUCGGACUCAAGACCCUGGGCCUUCGAAUCAAUCGCCUCAAUUCUCAUAGCGAAUCGAGACCCCGCGAAGAGCUCAGUCGGGCGUUUGACAUGUUUGAUCAGGACGGAGAUGGUAUGAUCACACUCGAGGAUUUGCGCAUAGUAAACUCGACGAUUAAGCAAGGGACAACCGCGACCGAUAAAGAUAUGGCGAAUAUGAUUGCACAGGCAGACCUUACAGGCAAGGGCGGAGUUGACAGGGAAGAAUUUAUCGACAUGAUGAUAGCGGCAAAGCGACGGCGAGGCUACUAG